GCAUUUCCAUAAGGCCCCUCGUGUUCCGAAGCUCUCCUCUACGUUCCUCCGUCUCUCGAUCGCUCCAUCGUCAAGUUAUCCCGACCUCGAGAACUUCAGCAAACUGUCCUGUGCUAAACCAGAUCUCGGCCUCAGCUAUCAUAAUCUCACCCCUCUCUCCUAAUACGCUUCCUUUCCUUCUAACACUGGCCCCCUUCAUCCUGUCUGAUACACGAUGGGCGAACCACUAAAUGUGUUGAUGAUCGGCACGGGCGAGUAUACCACCGGCUUCGUCGGUGGUGGCGCCUCCGGAUCCGACAAGAAGGUCGGUGUUGUUGGUCUCUCGCUUUUCGACUUGAGGAGACGCGGCAAGGUCGCCAAACUGUCCAUGGUUGGCACCAAUGGCACCAAGUUUCCGGCCAUUCGCGAGCACCUACACACGAACAUCUCCCAGGUGUACAAUAACCUCGACACCUCCUUCGACUCGUACCCAGCCAACGGCGUGAAGGACCCCGACGCCUACAAGACGGCCAUCGACGCCCUCCAGCCGGGCGACGCCGUCACCAUCUUCACCCCCGACACCACCCACUUCCCCAUCGCCCUCUACGCCAUCGAACGAGGCAUCCACGUCCUCCUGACCAAGCCGGCCGUCAAGCUCCUCGAGCACCACAAGCAGCUCAUCGCAGCCGCCGAGAAGAAGGGCGUGUACGUCUACGUAGAGCACCACAAGCGCUUCGACCCGGCCUACUCGGACGCCCGCUUCAAGGCCCAGAAGCUGGGCGACUUCAACUACUUCUACAGCUACAUGUCGCAGCCCAAGUCGCAGCUCGAGACCUUCAAGGCCUGGGCCGGCGUCGACUCGGACAUCUCCUACUACCUCAACAGCCACCACGUCGACAUUUGCGACUCCAUGGUCGCCCCGCUCGGCUACCGGCCUGUCGGCGUCACCGCCUCGGCCUCCAAGGGCGUCGCUGCGGGGUUGGGCUGCGACCCGGCCACCGAGGACACCAUCACGCUGCUCGUCCGCUGGGAGAGGCGCGACGACCCCACCAAGAGCGCCACCGCCGUCUACACCGCCUCGUGGACCGCCCCGCAGCGCGCCGGCGUGCACUCGAACCAGUACUUCCACUACCUCGCCCGCGACGGCGAGGUCCGCGUCGACCAGGCCAAGCGGGGGUACGAUGUCGCCGACGACGCGGUCGGCCAGCUCAUGUGGUACAACCCGUUCUACAUGCGCUACGCCCCGGACGACGAUGGCAACUUUAAUGGCCAGACCGGCUACGGCUACAUCUCCAUCGAGAAGUUCGUGGACGGUUGUAGGCAGGUCAAUGCCGGUGCGCUUCGCCCCGCUGACCUGGACGCCAAGGGUCUGCCGACCCUGCGCAACACUGUCGCUACCACCGCCAUUCUCGAGGCCGGGCGGCGGAGCAUUGAUGAGGGGAGGGAGGUGCGUAUUGUCGAGGAGAAUGGCCUUUUCAGUCUCGUGUAGUGUAUAGUACGUGUCAAACGGAUAGUGAACCAUAACGAAGCAAGUCUCGUGAGCUCGUGAGCUUCGAGUAUGGAGUACUGUAUGUAGUGGCUUUGUGCGUCCCAUAUGUCCCUGAAGUGAAGGGGCAACUUGCCCAUCAAUACUUUGGCUUCUCGACAGGGUUUAACUGGCAACUAGCAAUUGGUGAUGAGGAAAAAAAAAAAAAAAACCACAACACAUCACCACCCAGCCUUCAACCGCUCGGCAAAGAACUUCAUAAUGGGAAACAUCUCCACCCUGUCCCGUGGCAUUGCCACCUCCCUCGGCCACCUCACCACCUCGACCUGUGCAAACUCCUCCCGCACAGCAUCGGACUCUUCCUCGUCAAGCUGACACACC